AUGCUCCCUGCUGAAGGAGUCCAGUAUCCAGGGAUGGUCAAGCUGCUCCUCCAUUUCAGGUGGACCUUAGUUUGUCUGGUGGCUCCAGACACCGACCAGGGGCAGAGAUUUAUGAAAACAUUGUCUUCCAUGCUGUUAAGGAAUGGCAUUUGCCCAGUUAUAUCACAAACCUUUCCCAUAUCUAUCAGUAACUUUCUAAUACUUUUGGAGCCAUACUUCAAGUGGAGAGAAAUGAAUGUCUUUCUUUAUGGCGCAGAGAUUAGCUCCUUCCAGACAGGAAUAUUGGCUAUACGCGCAGUGCUGAAAAACCUCCAGGAAUCGGUUGUGGGAAAAGUCUGGAUCACAACAGCCUACUGGGAUCUUACUUUGGAUUUCAUGAAUAAUAUCUUUACCUUCCAGAACGUCUGUGGUUUCUUUUCAUUUCCUUUGCAGAAAAAUAAAAUGGUGAACUAUGAAUCCUUUAAGCACUUUCGCUUCUCCAUGCAACGCUUUGUCGAGAAAAGCUUUGUGUGCUCCUACGCCCAAGAUGCCUUUUCCGUGAAAGUCUGGAAGCGGUGCAGGGAGAGAGAAGAACUGGAGACUCUCCCCCAGGAGGAGACAGAAGAGAUCCUCUCUCUCGACAGCUAUUUCACUUACAACAUAAUCAGGGCUGUGGCCCGGGCCUUACAUGCAGCCUAUGAAUCCAGAUCCAAGAGGACAAAGAGGGAAGGUGGUAAGAACUUGGAAACUGCAAUACUGAAGGCCUGGCAGCCCCUGCCUCCUUCCCGGUGUGUGGAACGCUGCCGUCCUGGAUUCAUGAAGAUGGCUCAGGAUGGAGAGCCCAUCUGCUGCUACGACUGUCUUCCUUGCGCAGAAGGAACCAUCUCCACCAUGGAAGAUGCCGAAAAAUGCAGCAAAUGUCCAGAAGAUCAGCAUCCCGAUGUCAGUCGAGUUCUCUGUAUUUCCAAGAUUAAAACCUUCCUCUCUUAUCAAGAAAAUGUGGGGAUCAUCCUGGCUUCCCUUGCCUUGUUCUUGUCCUUGACCGCAUGCUUUGUCUUGGGAACCUUCAUCAAAUUCCUAGAAACUCCUAUAGUCAAAGCCAACAACCGGGACCUCUCUUACGUCCUCCUUGUUUGCCUGCUGCUUUCCUUCUUGUCCUCUUUCUUAUUCAUUGGUCAGCCCGUGAAAUCAACCUGCCUUCUCCGACAAACAGUCUUCAGCAUCAUCUUCUCAGCUGCCAUUUCUUCAGUCCUGGCCAAAACAAUCACGGUGGUAUUGGCCUUCUUGGCCACAAAGCCAGGGAAUACAGUGCAGAGAUGGCUGGGGAAGAGUUUGGCCAAUUCCAUUGUCCUUUCUUGUUCUGCUGUUCAAGUUGUAAUCUGCGGCAGCUGGCUAGGGACUUUCCCCCCAUUUCCUGACUCUGACUUGCAUUCUCAGCCUGGAGAGAUCAUCCUGCAGUGCAAUGAAGGCUCUGCUGCCAUGUUUUACAGUGCCCUUGGCUACAUGGGCUUCCUGGCUGCCAUCUGCUUCAUGGUGGCUUUCCUGGCCAGGAAUCUGCCUGGGGCCUUCAAUGAAGCCGAGCUGCUCACCUUCAGCAUGCUGAUCUUCUGCAGUGUCUGGGUUUCCUUUGUGCCUGCCUAUCUGAGCACCAAGGGGAAGUACAUGGUGGCNGUGCAGGUCUUCUCCAUCUUGGCCUCCAGUGCUGGGUUGCUGGCCUGCAUCUUCAUCCCCAAGUGCUACAUCCUUGUGCUAAGGCAAGAUCUGAACACAAAGGAACAUUUGAUGUUAAAAUAA